AUUGCGAACCACACAAUCAACAUACAUUUGACUCUGACUUCUUUUCCCCCCCAACUCAAUUCAAUUCACACGAACCUCUACAUAUCCAUCACCAUGGCCGACCCCACGUCUAUUGACAUCCCCGUGCUUUCGGCUGUGCCCUCUGCAGUCGCAUCCGCUACCGCAUCUGCUGUCGGCACUCCCAUGUCGCUGCCUCCAAUGGACAACGAAGAGCGCGAGAAGUCCAUCAAGGUCUCGUUGGCCGACCUUACAGCCAAGGCCACAGCUCUCUAUGCCCAGAAGAAAUUCGAAGAUGCUUCCGAGGUAUACGCACAGGCUGCAGAGAUGCAGGCUGAGUUCAACGGCGAGAUGAGCCCCGAGAAUGCCGACAUUCUCUUCCUCUACGGCCGCAGUCUGUUCAAGGUAGGCCAGAGCAAGAGUGACGUUCUCGGUGGUGCUCCUGCUGCCGACAAGAAGAAGCCCAAGUCAAACGGCGCCGCCAAGUCCAAGGCAGCCGCCGCAUCCGAGGACAAGUCAGAAGCCGAGGAGAUUGCCGAGGAAAAGGUAGCCAUCGUAGCCAAGAAUGCCACUGGUAGCGGUCUACAAGAUGGAGAAGAGGUGUCUGACGCCAAAAGGCCUCUGUUCCAGUUCACCGGUGACGAGAACUUUGAGGACUCGGACGAAGAAGCCGAGGGCGACGGUGAUGCCGACGAAGAAGAGGAGGAGGACGACGACGACCUCGCCGUCGCCUUUGAAGUCCUCGACUUGUCGCGUGUGCUGUUCGAGAAGGCCCUCGAGCAAGAGAACGAAGCCGAAGACUCAGAGGACCAAGCAGACUCGCCUACCAUAAGACAUGUCAAAGAGCGUCUUUCCGACACCCACGAUUUAUUGGCCGAGAUCUCCCUGGAGAACGAGAAAUAUCCUCUCGCUAUCAACGAUGCGCGAGCUUCUUUAAAGUACAAGACUGAGCUCUACCCAGAGGAGUCUGAGAUCAGAGCCGAGGCGCACUACAAGCUUUCGUUGGCUCUCGAAUUCGCAUCUGUCACAAGCGACGAAGAGGACAAGGACGAAACCACCAAGACCGUCGAUCAGGGUUUACGCGAUGAGGCCGCCGCCGAACUUGAGAAGGCCAUCGCUAGCACAAAGCUCAAGCUGCAGAACGAAGAGGUCGAUCUGGCAACCAUGCACGCUCCUGAAGAGAAUGAGGACACGCGCAAGAAGAUUGCCGAAGUCCGGGAUAUUAUUGCUGAUAUGGAACAACGGCUCGUUGAACUGAAGAAGCCCCCGGUGGAUGUCGAGGGCGUUCUGGGUGCUGAGAACCCCAUGAGCGGCCUCCUUGGUGCUACUCUGGGCGAAACUAGUGCUGAUGCACAGGCGCGUAUCGAAGAGGCUAAGAAGGGCGCAAAGGAUCUCUCUGGGCUUGUUCGCAAGAAGGAGAAGAAGCCCGAGCCUGUUGAGCCUGCCGCCGAAACUAACGGCAAACGCAAGGCUGACGAGCCUGCUGACGGCGCUGACGAAGCCAAGAAGGCGAAAGUUGACGAGCCUGUCGCACUUGCGGAGUCGUAGUUGAUCUCAAAUGAUUCUAUCCAAGUGAUAGCAAUGCCACGUGUCUCAAUGAGCUCUGGCAAGGGACAGGAUACAGUCAGGAGACAGCCCUGUGCGUGGGCAUUGGCACAAUGGUUCAAUAUCAACAAUCAUUCUCUCCGCCAGCAUAAUUUGCUUUCCAUAUAUUGCACUUGGGUCGGCGUUUCCAUGAGUUGAUGAGUUUCUAGGUCCGAGGUGGCAUGGAUCAUGGCAGUGUUUUGAUGAUGAUGAUAGGCGUUCGUGGUCUGGAAAAUGUACAUUAGUUAGCUUGCUAUAUUCGGCAGAUCAACAAUUUGGUCACAAUCUGACUGAUUCCCUUGAA